GGUCAUUUAAAAGCUUGACCUGUUGUCAUUGGGAGUCACUGGACCUAGAACCAGGUCUCAAAGAGCUCUGGGAGCAGCUGCCUAAUGUGGUGAGUGACCAUACCUUGCAAUAUUUUCUAAGGCAGCAUAAGAAUCCUCAGACUCUGGACUGGACCUCCCAGCACCCAGGUUGCCGUUAGCCCCUCCUAGGCAGAAACAGUGGUACAGGUCUUUGUGUUUAGACUGAGAUUUUGCCAGAGCAACAACUAACUUCCUAGCUCUGACUCCUGCCUUCGACUCUUGGCUUUGCCUUGCCUGCUCCCCUCUGAUCGCUUCCUGAUUGAUUUAGCCUGACCCUCACCAUGAUUAAGCACCAGAGCUGCCUCAAUCAGACUACUCAUGUUUGGACCAGUGACCUGGUGCUUUCCUUGGCUGCUCCUCAGCUGACCAUCUCCUUAAUCUCUGUGCUCUUCAAUUCUGCCGUCAUCUUUGCCGUGGUGUACUCCAAAGAACUGCGCAAGCCCAUCUUCAUCCUUUUCUGCAACAUGGCCUUCUCCGACCUCUUCACUAGCUCUACAGGCUUCUGGAUCGCCCUGUUGUUCAUCACCAACCCUCAAAGUACCAUCAGUGGGUCCAAGGAACUCCUCACAGCAUAUGCCUUCUACACCAUGUCAAUCCUGGCCACCAUCUACAACUUAGUCCUCAUUGGGAUUGAGCGUUACCUGGCUGUGGCGGAAUGCCUGAGGAGAAGAUGGCGCCUUGGCAGGAACCAGAUCCUAGGCAUGGUGCUGGGUGUCUGGGGGCUUAGCUUCUUUUUGGGCUUCCUGCCCCUGAUGGGCUGGAAUUGCUUGGAUAGAGACAAUGCCUCUGCCCUGUACAGCCCUCUGUGUAUCGACUACCUUAUUUUCAUCACUAUCCCUCACUGUGCAGUGGUUUUGAUCCUCCCUUUCUUCACCUACUGCAACAUCAUUGGGUUUUUGAGGAAACACAAGAUGGCAAUGGGUGCCUUGGGGCAAACCCAUGCCACCUACAGGCUGGCCGAGAUCCAAGUAGCCCGGACAAGCAUAUUCAUCUGGCUGCUGUCUCUGCUGUCUUACACACCCUUCUUUGCUGGUGUUGUCCUGGAUAUAACCACUCAGCAGUGCCCCAACAAUUUCUCCAUGGAUGUCUACGUCUUCCGAAACCUUACCGCCAUCAUGAUCACCAUGAAUUCAUUGGGGAACCCCAUCAUCUACACCCUGAAAGUGAAAACUUUGUGGCACAGACUCAGGUUUUUGAAGUGCCCUUCCAGCAACCGCAUAGAAGUGCAGGCCAUUGGGAAAAUGUGACCCUGCUCGGACCAAAGUGAAUCCAGUCUUGUACGUUUUCACCCAAACAUCUUUAAAUGUCCGCAGUGAGCAAUCACUGAGAGUUCAGUCCUAUGCAUGUCUACUCAGAAGUUCAGUGGGAUGCAUUCCCCAAGGACACGUGUUUAGGAUUGCAGCGUAAAUCUCUUUAUAGGGGCUAUGGGUAGUUGGCAGUUGCAGAGAUCUGAAUUAAUGUUUCAGCUCACCAAAGCGAGCCAGCUUCAGCACUGGACAGUUCUCAAGUACAACUGAGAGUGGGAUUUAAUUCAUCUGCUCUCUCCUAUCAACAAUAGAAUUGUGCUACCUACACUUUGGUAGCAUUCAUGAACAGGAUUGUGUUGGGCUGAAAUUAUCUACUGUGAACUAACUUCAGAGUGCGUUAUUAGACAGUAGAAUUUCAAUUAGUGGUUUAAAAGGUUCACACCACCCUCCUUUUGAUUAGAAUUAACAGCAACAUUCCAAACUUCAUGCAGUACAGAAAGUUGGGCAGGUGUAACAGGAGUCUGGGAAACACCAGCUUAAUGUAAUUAUAUAUACAUAUAUAUUUGGACUGACUAAAAUAUUGUUGUUGAUUGAAAAAACAUAUUAAGAUAGGAUGAAAAAUAAAUGCUACAUCAAAUUGUAUAUGACGCAUGGUGACUUUGGAUAAUGUGCUUUCUUAUGGAACAAUCUGGGGCAGCCUUUGGUAACCUGGUAGCCUCCAGAUAUUUUGGACUACAGCUCCCAUUGGCCUCAAUCAGCAUGGCUAUACAGUGCAGGGCUGAUGUCCAGGGCUGAAGUCCAAGUUUUAACAUCUGGAAGACACCAGGCUGGCAAAGGCUUCAGCGUGAAUAAAACUGAGCUGAGAAACCUCAACCAAUAUAUGUAGCAGAACUGGAAAAUCUCAUGCAGCAAUUCAUCUACUAAAAAGCAGACCCCAUUGGGUUCAAUGGGAUUUACUCUCAAGCAGAGCAGCUUUAGAAGGAUUUUGUGUGUGUAUAAAACCAAUGUAACAUCAGAGCCAACUGGGAAGGCUUUGCAGUGUUUGCUCUGGCAUGACAUUAAUAAAAUGCAAUCCUUCCUUUUA